UAUUCACUCUCCCAACUUUCUCUACACACACACACACACACACACAGUUAUAUGCUUAGCAUCUCAAGUCUUAAAAGGUUAAAAUGGGAAUCAAAUUGAAAGUCAUUCUGGUGUCUAUGUUCCUGUCAUCCUUCUUGUUUCCACUAGCCUGUUCUGUGUCCAAUGAUGGGUUGAUUAGAAUUGGACUGAAAAAGAUGAAAUUUGAUCAAAAUAACCGGCUUGCUGCACGGCUGGAGUCCAAGGAAGGGGAGUCAUUGAGAGCUUCUAUAAGGAAGUAUCAUCUCCGUGGAAAGCUUGGACACUCUGAAGAUACAGAUAUUGUAGCACUAAAGAACUACAUGGAUGCUCAGUAUUUUGGCGAGAUUGGUAUUGGGACACCCCCUCAAAAGUUUACUGUAAUCUUUGACACAGGCAGCGCUAAUCUGUGGGUGCCAUCAUCAAAGUGCUUAUUUUCGGUUCCAUGUUAUUUCCAUUCAAAGUACAAGUCAAGCCAAUCAAGUACCUACAAGGAGAAUGGGAAAUCUGCUGAAAUUCACUACGGUACUGGCUCUAUUUCCGGAUUCUUUAGUCAAGACAAUGUCAAAGUGGGCGAUCUAGUUGUCAAGAAUCAGGAAUUUAUCGAGGCAACUAGUGAGCCCAGUGUCACAUUUUUAGUGGCCAAGUUUGAUGGUAUACUUGGACUUGGCUUCCGUGAAAUUUCAGUUGGAAAUGCUGUUCCAGUGUGGGAAAACAUGGUCAAACAACGUCUUGUUAAGGAGCCAGUAUUCUCAUUUUGGCUCAACCGAAAAGUGGAGGAAAAAAAAGGGGGUGAAAUCGUGUUUGGUGGAGUUGAUCCAAAACACUACAAGGGUAAGCACACAUAUGUUCCACUGACACAGAAAGGCUAUUGGCAGUUUGAUAUGGGCGACAUUCUCAUUGGUGAUAAACCAACUGGGUACUGUAGUGGUAGUUGUUCCGCGAUUGCAGAUUCUGGAACUUCUUUAAUAGCUGGUCCAACGACUGUGGUCACGAUGAUAAAUCAUGCAAUUGGAGCCUCUGGAAUUGUUAGCCAGGAAUGCAAGUCAGUAGUUGAACAGUAUGGGCAAAUAAUCAUUGACUUGCUUUUAGCAGAGACAAAGCCAAAGAAGAUAUGCUCCCAAAUUGGACUGUGCACCGGCUUUGAUUGUAUGGGCAUCGAGAGUGUAGUGGAUAAGAAGAAUGGUGGCAGAUCAGCUGGUUUACGUGAUGCUAUGUGCUCUGCUUGUGAAAUGACAGUGGUGUGGAUGCAAAGCCAGCUUAGGCUGAAUCAGACACAAGAUCAUAUAUUGAACUACGUCAAUGAGCUUUGUGAUCGACUCCCGAGCCCACUGGGUGAAACAGCUGUGGACUGCAAAAGUAUUUCUUCCAUGCCUGGUGUUUCCUUCACUAUUGGUGGUAAAGUUUUUGACCUUUCGCCAGACGAGUAUAUACUCAAGGUAGGUGAGGGUGCCGCGGCGCAGUGCAUUAGUGGUUUUACUGCUUUGGACGUUCCUCCUCCUCGUGGACCUCUCUGGAUCUUGGGAGAUAUCUUCAUGGGCCGCUACCACACCGUAUUUGAUUCUGGUAAGCUGAGAGUUGGGUUUGCAGAAGCAGCAUAAAUACACUCACCUGUACUGCUCCUAGCUUCUCCAAAUUCCAUGUUUCUGUGCUUCUUGUUAAUAAAUAGAUUACAAAACUCGAUUAUUCGUAUCUGUAAAUAUUUCAGUCCUUUCCUACUUUUAAUAACAAAUGUUCUGUGAAUGUUGAAUACUCGUAUCUUUGUCGAUGCUUCUUUCCUGAGUUGCUUGGUUACAUUACAUUUGGCUCCAUUAUGGUAUU